UUGACCUGUUUCCAGGUUUAUUAAAAGUAAACAAUGUAAUGAUACUUUCCUGAAGAAAGCAAGGAAAUACAGAAAUGCCCUCAUACUUAAUUUUGUACCAGAAAAUAACAUGUGCAGAUACAACACAAGUGAAGAUGAACUCAUUUUAUCAUUCCAUUUAAUUAAGAAAGCUUGAGCAGGAAACAUAUUACAAUGGCAAAUGGUGAAGGAUUUCCAACACAGUAUGACCAAAUAGGAUAUGUCCAUCCACCGCAGAUGAAUGAACGUGUGGCAGAGGACUUGGUAACAAUCUUAUAUGGAAUGGAGGUAACUUCUAUCACACCAUUGGUCAGUUACAGUGAUAAGAACUACUAUGUGACAGUGAAGGAUGUCAACAACAACCCUAAUGUUGAAACUCUUUGGCCACAUGGAUACACGUUAAAGAUCACAAACUCGAUAGAUUCUCAAACAAAUCAUACAGCUGCAGAGCAUUUAUUCCAAGGUCUGUUAGCUGAUCAUGGUAUUCCUUGUCCUAGACCUGUGCUCAACACCCAUGGCGAUGACCAGUCAAUGGAGACCAUCUACACACCAACGUCCCAGCAGGAAGGAUGGGUCAGCAAUGCAGAAGAUAAUAGAGACAGGAUGUAUGGAAGACACGUGGUGCGCCUGUUAACAUACAUUCCAGGAAAGACACUAAACAGUGUUCCACACACAGCACACUUGUUCCAUAGUGCUGGCAAGAUGAUGGGGAACGUGCAUAAAAUUCUCAAGGAAAGCAACUUUGAACAUCCAGCUUAUGAAGACUAUCAGACAAUGUGGAACAUGACCAGUGUACCUAAACUAGCCGAUCUUCUUCAUGUACUCUCAACACCUGAUGACAACAAACUAAUACAAGAUAUCAUUGAGCAGUUUCAAAAACAAGUAGUGACUAACUAUGAGAAAAUGAGAAAAGGAAUAAUCCAUGGAGAUUUCACCGACUACAAUCUCCUUGUGAAGUCAACAGGACAAUCAAGUGAGAGCACGGACCUGCAAUCACAUGAACUCUACGAAGUGUUUGGAGUGUUGGACUUUGGCGACUCAUGCAGCUCCUACUAUGUCUUUGAUGUAGCAAUUGGAAUUUGUUACCUUAUGUUGGAGAGCAGCAUUGUUGACCCAUUACAUGUAGGAGGCCAUUUUCUGGCUGGAUAUGAAUCCGAAUUUGAAAUAAACAAGACUGAGUUUGAAGUCUUGAGGGUUUGUGUGGCAGCUCGGUUUGCGCAAAGUUUGGUCUUGGGCCUUUCUUACUCCAAACGUGAUCCAGGGAAUACGUACUUAUUGACUGGACAGAAGAAUGGAUGGAUAGUAUUGAAAAAGCUGUGGAAUUGUCCUUCUACCUCGUUGUAUGCAACAUGGCAAGAUAUUACAAAAUCCUACCAGAACUAA